AUGUCUGCACAGACACAAAGUGUAUACCACACCGGCGUCCCCAAAGUGCUAGUCCUUCUGCAGCCUGAGCAAAUCAACGCUGUGGUCCGGAUCGAUCAACCAACUCACUACGUCCCAAAUCCGACAGUGGUGACCAGGUCUCCACAGAUGAUUUAUGGGACCCAUGGCCGGACAAUGACUUUGAAAGGUAGUCACACGUCCACAGACCCGCAGGCUGGUAUCAUGGGACAACUCAAUGCAUUGUGCCUUUGUGGUAGUCAGCUCAAGCAUAUCGACUGCGGCAUCACAUCAGUGUUGUAUUCAUUCAAAGGAGGUGUCUACUACAUUCACAAGGGCAUUCACCACCAUCCAAAACAAACUCAUAUCUUGCAUCUAUCUCGUGACAAGCGGACAAGAUUUGAACAAAUUGUCUUCAAAAAUCCUGCUGCGGGCCCUGCAGCAUUGAUUGCUGGUCAUAACAGCCUUACUGGUACCCGUGAUUCUGUUGCCGCGAUCUCCACAGUGCUUCUCAACCAGGACCGUGUCAAGGCCCAGCUGCAAGGACUCCAGGGCAAGUCCACUCGGAACUUUGUUGAUGACUUUGCAGAAUUCCAGAAGAACCAUCCAGGAUAUGUUUUGUAUUCUCAAUUCGAAGCAGUGACUGACUUUAUCGAGGACGAGGCUGUGAAUGGCAUUGUUUCAGACACAGCACAUGGGUUUUGGUCCUCAUCCAAGGAUCUUCUUAUAAUUAGUUUGACAUAUUCUGCUUUGCUCGCAUGCUGGGUACCCGGACUCAUGACCUAUGCAAAUGGAGAUGAAUGUGAGAAGCAUGGAUGUGAAGUCAAUGAUGAACUGUUUGGCAAUGUCGUUGACUUCACAUUCAUUAUGUUCUGGACCAAUCGUGAGGAUUCACACUCUCAGGCUGAACUUGAAGAUGCAGCAGGAGCACUCCUCAAAGGCUGUCAGCAGCAUUACUGGUCUCAGGUCACACAUGUCAAAAAAAUCAGUGGAGUUAUUGACCCUGCCAAAGUGGACAACUUUCAGAGUCAUGCCCUGGCCCUGCUGUUGGUCUUAGAUAUGGACACUUUCAAGCAAAAGGUUGCAUCCCUUUUACACGACUAUCCCAAGAUAAAGCCAUGGCUAGAGUGGUGGCUUCAUGACAGCCAUGCCCAGAUGCUGUUUCCUCCAUUUCAGAAGAUGAAAACGGGUCUAUUCCAGGCAAUGCCAAACUCUACUAAUGCAGAAGAAGUGAUGCAUGCAAAGCUAUAUGCCACAGUUGGCAAGCACUACAACUUGAUGGAGGGGCUGCUUUGCUUGCAGGUUUUUAUGGAAAGUUUUCAACUACGUGCAGCUGGCUGA